GGGAACGGGACGGGACGGGAGCGGCGCCCCGCGGGCCAUGCGCCUCCUGGCUACGGCGCUGGCCGCCCUGCUGGCCACGGCCUCGGUCCCAGAUAUUUGUGAGGCUUUAAAUGUGACGGUCUCUCCUGGACCAACAGUGCAAUACUCGGAGGGGGAUAAUGCUACCCUUUACUGCCACAUUUCUCAGAAAAGAAGGACAGACAAUUUGCUGGCUGUGCGGUGGGUCUUUGCUGCAUCACCUACCCAGGAGCGUCUAAUGAUCAAAAUGACAAAGUUUGGGUCUGUCCAGUAUUACGGAAAUUACACUCAUCAUUUUCACAAGCAAAGACUUCAUCUUCUUAAAGAGAAACAUGGAACUAUGUACAAAUUUCUUAUUUUAAGCCUCCAGCAAACAGAUCAAGGACAUUAUAUAUGCAAAGUACAGGAAAUUGGCAAACACAGAAAUAAAUGGACAGCAUGGUCAAAUGGUACAGCAGCUACUGAAAUAAGAGUGAUUUCAUCAAAAUCUUCUGAUCAUCCCACUUUCAAGAAAAACCAUGAAGCUUGGAAGUUUUUUGAAGAUCUGUACGUGUACGCAGUGUUUGUGUGUUCCAUAGGAAUCAUCAGUGUCCUCCUUUUUACACUUGUCAUUCUCUGUCAGUCCCUUCUGAACAGGAGGAGAUCCACAGUGAAGCAUUACCUGGUGAAAUGCCCCCAGAACAGCUCUGGGGAGACAGUUACCAGUGUGACAAGCAUGUCUCCUCUACAGCCUAAGAAGGUAAAGAAAAAGAAAGAGAAGGAGAAACUGGAGCAGCCACCAGCCAUCCCAGCAAAAGCUCCAAUUGCCAAUAAUUUCCCGAAGCCCAAGCUCUUGAAACCUCAAAGAAAAUUGAUCCUGCCAAAAAUCGCAGAAGAGAAUUUAACAUAUGCUGAACUUGAACUGAUGAAGCCAAUUCAGGAAGCCAAAGGCAUUUCCAGUAUGACAGUCUACGCACAGAUACUCUUUGAGGAGAACAAGCUGUAAUAGUUCAUGCCUGUAUUAAUGUCCUUUGUCUGUGUUCUAUUUAAUUCUUGCUGUGCUCUUUAUUUAUAAAAAUCAUACAAAUGUCCUUAUUUUUUUAUUUCCAUUUAUGCACUUCUAUUUUUCUAUGAGACUUUUAAACACGAUGUAGUUGAAAGUAAUCAUAGAAAAAUCAGCUGGCCAACAAGUGACAUCCCAGAGAUACCCUUUGUAGUGUUCUAUACCCCUGUUGGAAAUGGGCUGAAGUUCCACCUGGGGCAUUUCUAGCACUAAACUUAUUCCUUCUUUAAUCUUAAUGUGAUGAGUCCAGCUGCAAACAUCAGUAUCUUAGCAGUAUCCUCAGGAGGACUAACAGCAGGAUCCAUGCCCAUCAACCUGCUACUGAAGGAAAAGACCACUGACCAGGAAAAUGGCCCAUCAGAAAAAUAUUAACCCAGUAAAGCUGAGACGUUUUUCUAAAGCCAAGGAAAAGCUAAAAGUACUUUUUCUGCUUUUUUUCCCCCAUAUCCAGAAAUAGUUAAAAAGGUUUGUGUUCUAUGUUUUCAAAUUACCUUUCUAAAUCAGAUUGUCUUAAAAAACUUACGUUACUUUUAGUAUGGUGUUUGGAAUAAAAUAAUCUGAAGGAAACAUUUACAGUUAAACCCCUGUGAUUUAAGGAAGAAUAUUGAUAGCGUGGGAACAUCCUCCAGGAUUUGAUGAUUUGAUUUUUUAAAAUUCUGAUUGGAAGUAGGAAAAACUUGAUAGUGAGUAGAAAACUGAGAGAACCAGGACACUGCUUUUGGUCUUGGUUUAAUUUGGUAUUUCCAAACCUGCAAAAGUUUCCUCCUGUAGCCUGAACUAAUGAGCUGCUGAUUUAGAGGAAAAAAAUUACACAGCUUCUCCUUCAGUUUGGAACAGACUCUGUAAAGCUCUGCUGACUUUGGAGUUAUUUCUUUGGAAAGACCAGGGCUCAGGAGAUAGGGAAAUGAGCCUACUGUGAGGACAUAAAAUAACAAUCCUCUUUCUUUACCUCCCAAUAACUGAGAAGGCAUUCUUCCUUUUCCUUUGAUACACAUUCAUGGAAAAUGAGCUGUUCUGUGCCAUCCCAGGCAUUUCAGUCAUGAAGAACACCUGGACUGAUGUUUUCAAGCUCAUGUAUCUUCAAUGUCUA